UAGAUUUGGUCACACUGAAGUAAACAGAAUCUUUUUUCGCAAAAUAUAUUAUAUGCUAAAACAUUUUACUGCAGUAACCCAGAGUUAAAGUGUUGUUUAAAAUGGAGAUGGUUGACCCAGAUGCACAUUUGGUGGCCUUAAAAGUGAUGCGUUUGAUGCGGCCCACUUUGGUGGGACUUGGACCCGUCGUAACUUGCGAGUCCACGGAUUUGGUUCAGCGAUUUAACAAUGUGCAGGAGAGUGACGGAGUAGCUGGUGAAACCCUGGCGGCGGGACAAGUCCUGCUGCUUCCGCAAUCUUUCGGGAGCAUUUAUUUGGGCGAAACGUUUGCCAGCUACAUCUGCGUCCACAACACCACCGCCAAUCCGGUGGAAUGUGUGACGGUUAAAGCCGACCUGCAGUCGAACACAACGCGCAUCAACUUGUCCAUGCACGAGCACGCCAAAUCGCCGGUGACAUUGGCCCCCGGUGGAACCAUCGAUGAUGUUAUCCGAUACGAGGUUAAGGAAAUCGGAACUCAUAUUCUUGUCUGCGAAGUAAAUUACUCCACACCAGCUGGUUAUGCGCAGUCACUGAGAAAGUUUUUCAAAUUUCAAGUCCUAAAGCCACUCGAUGUUAAGACCAAGUUUUACAAUGCGGAAAUCGAUGAAAUAUACUUGGAGGCCCAGAUACAAAACGUUACCACCAGCCCAUUUUGCCUGGAGAAAGUUGAAUUGGAUGGUUCGGAGGACUACUCCGUAACUCCCUUGAAUACGUUGCCCAAUGGGGAGUCUGUUUUCACGGUCAAACACAUGCUGCAGCCAAAUAACAGCUGCCAAUUUCUUUAUUGUAUAAAGCCCAAAGGAGACAUUGCAAAGAAUAUAGACACUCUGCGGCAAUUCAACAAUGUGGGAAAACUGGAUAUUGUCUGGCGUUCAAAUCUUGGCGAAAAGGGUAGGCUGCAAACUAGUCAACUGCAGCGGCUGCCAUUUGAGUGCAAAACGCUUCGAUUGGAAGUACUGGAUGCCAUGAACACCAUUAAAAUCGGGACAGUAUUUACGUUCAACUGUCGAGUAACCAAUACAUCUGAGCAAGCGAUGAAAUUGAAUGUGCGCCUGGCUGCAACAUUUUCAGCGGAUAGUCAAUACACUGGUUGUGCCGAUUUUAUGCUUGGUCUACUUCAGAGUGGAGAAUCUGCUGAAUUUCCCAUCUCCGUUUGUCCAUCGAAAUUGGGACUCGUUAAGAUAUCACCUCUGAUAUUGACCAAUACACUCCAAAACGAACAGUUUACCAUAGAAAAUGUUGUCGAUGUUUUUGUUGUUAAUUCGGACUACAACAACGACCCCACAACGCACCAAAAUAAGUUGAUUCGCUACGAAAGUGCUGCAAAUUGCUUAACUCAAAAGCAAGUUCAAUUGCAGGUUGUGUAGAAUUAUCUGUUAAUAAAUGUACACAUAUGUAUGUUAUUAAAAA